AUGUCCAACGAUACCUCCUUGACGGACCACAAGCUCUGCGGUUUCCUCUGUGCGGUUCUCACAGUCACUCACAGCGACGACACCGACCCAGACUUCGCCCAGCCCUGUGAAGUCUUCAGCGACGGUGGCGAGGUCAGGUUCCGCACCCAAAGCGGCGUGAUUUUGUCUCCGGUGCUGAAUUCGUCGCAAUGCAGCGGCGGAGGAUCGAAAGCCAAGAGGACGCACAGCAUUGGGAUGGUGAACGGGAGCAUGAGCGUGGUUCACCAGCUUCACGCUAUGGUCACACGCAAGUGCAUGAAAAUCGACGCUCGCGUGGUGUGCGUCGAGGCGCCUAGGGUUGUGCUACUGGUUGACGUAUACCUUCCUAUUCUCGUAUGGAGUGGCUGGCAGUUCCCGCGGUCGGGGGCGGUUGCCGGUGCCGUUUUUCGCCAUUUGAGGUUUGCAUCUUCUCACCUUCGAAUUCCGUUGGAUUGUGUUCCAGAAAUUAUUUCUUGUUAG